UUUCCAAAAUACCCACAAAAACUAGUGGUGACUGGUAAGUCAUAUUUGACUUCAAUUUUUUUUUUUUUUUUUGACUUAUUGACAUCAAAAUCUCGAUUUAAAAAAAAACAUUUACUAUAGUUUCAUACUAUUACUCUCUCCUAUGUAACCGUUACCCAAGUAAGACAUGGAAUAAUUAAUAUUACGUGUAACACUCAAUUCUGAAUUUAUUAUUAUUAUUAUUAUUUCUGUUGAAAAAGUUAUGCGAAUUCGACCGUUGAGUUCUUUAUCAACAAAACAAAAAGACACGCUCUCACCAUUUACUGCGAACACUUGAAACUCAACAACUAUGGCGGAAGAUUAUGGUUUCACAUCCGAUGAAAUUGUCGUCAACGACAACCUUGGUUACCCUAAAGCCUAUGCUAAAAUCUGUCGUGACCGUGGUUUCACUCCAUAUACACAUGCUCCUCCCUUCACUUUUCUCCCUUAUGCUUUGAACGAACACGAGGUUGAAAGAGUAAGUUUUUUUGAUGAGAUGUUUCCAAUAAUUGAUCCAAAAGCUAAGCCAACAACGAAAGCUAAAAUCUUUGUUGGUAUUUUGUGGAAGCAACUCAGCCAUCUUGGGAAUGCUGGUUUUGAUCCUGCGGUGAUUCGAGUAGAUGGCUAUGGUAAUGUAUUGUAUUAUCAUGCGGACUCAGCUUCUCCUCUUGCUUGGGAUUUUGAUCAUUGGUUUCCUUGUUCAAGGGGAGGCUUAACUGUUCUGAGCAAUCUAAGGAUAUUACAACGACAAGUUUGCAAGAGAAAGAAACAUAAACUUGAAUUCCUAGUGCCAUGGUGGGAUUUCCAAUUGGGUAUAUCUGUCAAUCAGUUUUUGUCAAUCUUUGCUUCCUCAAACUCAGACUUCAGGCAUAGAGGCUUUUCAUUUUUGUUCUCUGAAGGAGAAAAUCAUGAAUUGCAUGAUUCACAAGCAGUGGAUUCUCAUUCUUUUCCACAACACUUUUUUGGUUUGAAAGAAGAAGUAGGACUUGCUCCUGCUGCAAUUGUUGAAUCUCGAAGGGAACCUUACGAUGUAUUAGCUUUAAGACAACUUGAUCACAAUAAGAAGACAAGGCCUAUGUCUCCUGCAAUAGUGGCUGCAAGAAAAACAAAAGGCAGUGUGUUGAAAGAAAAUGAAGAUCCAGGUUUUGUUAAGAACCCUUACCAAGCCAUUGUCAUGGCUAGAGAUUCCUUAAAGCAAAGAGAAGAAGCUACAAAAAUGCAGGCUGAAAUACACAAGUUAGAUAAUGAAGUGAGUGAAAUGAAACUCAAGAAUGAAGAAGAAAAAGUUGUUAUUCAAGACCUCGAAUAUGCGCUCAUAAAACGUAAGAGGAAGGCAGAAAAAUGCAGACGGUUGGCGGAAGCACAAUCUUCUUACAGGACCAUGCUAGAGAAGAUGAUUAGAGACACCAUGCACCAGAGUGUGAUUUAUAAGGAACAGGUAAGAUUAAACCAGGCUGCAAGUAAUGCAUUAAUGGCUAGACUUGAAGCUCAAAGAGCAAUUUGUGAUGGUGCUGAGAAAGAGCUUCAUAAGAAAUAUAAACUAAAAGAUGACAUAGAGAAACAAAUUAGACCUGAAUGGGAGCAAGGAAGGAAAAGGUUCAGAAUUGACGAUUCCGUUUUUGAAGAUGAGAAAGAAAGUAGUAAAAAUGUUCUUUAUUUGCCUAGGCCAAGAACACCUUUUCACAAGGAGCUUAGAGUUUUGUUGGAGGAAGAACAAAAGGCAUCUGAAGCUGGGUUAUCUGCAAAUGAAGAGGAACUGAAAAUUGCAGCUAAUAAUAAUGACACAGAAGAGAAGCUCGAGGAGAAUACAAAUACCAAAUCAUUGGUUGCAUUGGAUGAAGAAAAGUCAAUUGAGCACAGGCUUCAGAAGCUAGAAAUCAGUGAAGGAAAGAGAACCGUUGGCAUUUCGUUCCGGGGUAUUCAUGAGACAGAAGUCGAGGAAGACGAAGAAACCAGGAACCAGCGAGGCAAAGGGAAUGUUGAAAAAUGGCUUCAAAUGCUUUUAGAGGAGAGUCAAGGUGAAGCAAAUUAUCCACGAGAAACAAAUGAAAGUGCUUCUGGUAUGACUGAAGAUAUAAUUAAACAGCUGAAUCAGAAGUUUCCACAAAAGGAGUUGAAAACCUCACAAGUUUCAGAUAAAGUAGAGAAUGAUGUUAAUGAAUAUAAAAAUUACUCUGCAGAAGCUUGUGUAGAAGAAACAGAUGGUAGUUUUGAAGGGAUGGCAAAAAGAAAAGAAGAAAAAAAGUUAUCAAAAAGACUUUUUAGAUCAGAGAGUGCAAAGGUCUUGAGGCGAAUUCCUUCGUCUCCAUCUUUGUUUCAAGGGAUGAAAUCAUCCAUCAAGACUAUCAAGAAAGCAGUGAAACUAUGAACAUCUGAAGCUCAAAGCAAUGCAUAUUGGACUUGUACUUUUUAUGUUAAUUGACCCUUUAUUACAAUUUGAUUGAUGCUAGAUGAAUAAGUGAGUGAAAACUUUUCAUGAUAAAAAAGAGAGAAAUAUUAGUGUGCAAAAUAUAGAUAGGCUUGAUUCUAUUAUUGUUUGAUUUGUGUAUAAGAUUUUUCGGUUAUCAAAUAAGUGAUAACAGCUUGUUGUUUUAGCUGCAAUGCAAUAAUUAGGUUUCUGUUUCUGAUA